AUGGAGUCGGUAAAACAAAGGAUUUUGACCCCUGGCAAGGAGGGAUUGAAGAAUUUUGCUGGGAAAUCCCUUGGUCAGCUCUACAGAGUCCUAGAGAAGAGGCAGAAGCCCGGGGACACCAUCGAGCUGACGGAAGAUGGCAAGCCCGUGGAAAUGCCCGAGAAGAAAGCCCCGCUGUGCGACUGUACCUGCUUCGGGCUGCCCCGGAGGUACAUCAUUGCCAUCAUGAGCGGACUGGGAUUCUGCAUUUCCUUCGGGAUCCGAUGUAACUUGGGAGUGGCCAUCGUGGAUAUGGUCAAUAACAGCACCAUACACCGAGGAGGAAAAAUUAUCAAAGAGGUGGGAACCCUUCCCUCAGUAUUUGGUGCUGCUAUACUGCUGACAUCCUCCCUCAACAUGUUAAUACCGUCUGCGGCCAGGGUGCACUAUGGGUGUGUCAUCUUUGUGAGGAUCUUGCAGGGCCUUGUAGAGGGGGUCACCUACCCUGCCUGCCACGGUAUUUGGAGCAAGUGGGCCCCCCCAUUAGAAAGAAGUAGGUUAGCAACCACUUCUUUUUGUGGUUCCUAUGCAGGAGCUGUUAUUGCAAUGCCUUUAGCAGGAAUUCUAGUGCAAUAUACUGGGUGGUCUUCUGUGUUCUAUGUGUAUGGGAGCUUUGGUAUAGUCUGGUACAUGUUUUGGCUUUUGGUUUCAUAUGAGAGUCCUGCAAAGCAUCCUACCAUCACAGAUGAAGAAAGGAGAUACAUAGAGGAAAGCAUUGGAGAGAGUGCCAACCUCCUAGGUGCAAUGGAAAAAUACAAAACUCCAUGGAGAAAAUUUUUUACAUCUAUGCCAGUCUAUGCAAUAAUUGUUGCAAACUUCUGUAGAAGCUGGACUUUUUACUUGCUGCUUAUUAGUCAGCCUGCUUACUUUGAGGAAGUGUUUGGAUUUGAAAUCAGCAAGGUGGGUAUCUUAUCUGCUGUGCCGCAUUUAGUGAUGACAAUUAUUGUUCCUAUUGGGGGACAAAUUGCAGACUUUUUAAGAAGCAGGCAGAUUCUUUCAACCACUACCGUGAGAAAGAUAAUGAACUGUGGAGGUUUUGGUAUGGAAGCAACUCUUCUUCUCGUGGUGGGAUAUUCUCACAGUAAAGGAGUGGCUAUUUCAUUCUUAGUGCUUGCUGUAGGCUUUAGUGGAUUCGCCAUAUCUGGAUUCAAUGUCAACCAUUUAGACAUUGCCCCAAGGUAUGCCAGCAUCUUAAUGGGGAUUUCUAAUGGAGUCGGGACCUUGUCUGGAAUGGUUUGCCCUAUAAUUGUCGGAGCAAUGACAAAGAACAAGACACGUGAAGAGUGGCAGUAUGUCUUCCUCAUUGCUGCUUUAGUUCACUACGGAGGUGUUAUAUUCUAUGGCAUAUUUGCUUCAGGAGAGAAACAACCCUGGGCAGACCCUGAACAGACAAGUGAAGAGAAAUGUGGCUUUAUUCAUGAAGAUGAACUUGCUGAAGAGACAGGGGACAUUACUCAGAAUUACGUAAAUUAUGGUACCACCAAGUCUUACGGUGCUACAACCCAGGUCAACGGUGGCUGGCCUAAUGGUUGGGAGAAAAAAGAGGAAUUUGUACAAGAGGAAGUACAAGACUCAUACAACUACAAGGAAGGAGAUUAUUCAUAA